AUGAGGUGCCCCUGGGAGAUGUCUGGGUACAAUGAAGAGCAGGAGGAGGAGGCGGUGGCGGCCACUGGGUAUCCUUCAGGGUUCCCAGAAGCCAAGGAGAGGUCGGAUGUGGAUUCGGACACUGAACUUAAGACAGAAGGCACCCAUGGGCUCAGAGAAGUGGUCAAGGACACCGUCCACCUGAGGUCUUGCCAGGCCCACAGCCUCGUGCCUGCCUCCUGCUUCCUGCGCCAGGGACGCACCCCAGAGCUGAGCCUGAGGCGUCGUGGCCUGAGGCCCCUGGGGGCCCGGGCUCUGGCUUCCACAAUGACCUCCAAUCUCGAUGUCAAGCGGCUGGACCUGCGGGACAAUGGGCUCUGUGGGGCCGGUACAGAGGCCCUGGCAGGUGCCCUGAGCCAAAGCAGCAGCAUCUAUGAUGUGGACAUUUUGAAGAACCAGCUGGGAGCAGUGACUACCCAGGGUGUGUUUGCCACCCUUGUGGUGAACCUGGUCAUGCAGAGGGUAUAGCUGGCAUGGAGCAGCCUGGAGGAGCAGGGGGCCCAUUACCUUGCUGAACUCCUGCUGGCUCACAAGUGCCUGAAAUCCCUGGACCUUCUUUCUGGUGAUUUUAGGGGCCAAGCAGGAGAGAUGCUUGGACCAGCCCUGGCAGAAAACACAGGAUUCACCGAGCUUAACAUGAGCUGGAAUCACCUUCGAGGCCCAGGAGCCUUGGCCUUUGCCAGGGGACUGGAGCCAAACAUCUUCCUGAGAGUCCUGGACAUCUCCAACAAUGGCUUUGGAGAUCCGGGAGCCUCCGUGGUGGGUGAGGCACUUCAGACCAACAACAUGUUGGAGGAACUCAACAUGAGGAAUCCCUCCUUCCCUUCACGCUGCUCACCCCCCUUUCCUGGGCUCCACUGUUAUCAAUGUGUGUGUGUGUGGAUUUCUUAGCUGUCCAGGAAUCCCAGGCGAAGUGCAGGCUGCUUUGGUGUUCUCAGGUCUGUCCAGGAGAGUCCAGUGUCUGCCCUGGAACUGCUGGACUUCUCUGAUGUCCAGGUGAGCAGAGAAUUUGACAACCUCAGCUCAGUGAAGGUCAUUCUCCCAGGGCUUUGCAUAAAGACUGCAGCCCACAGAGUGGAGUACAAAAAAGAGUUGCUGCCAGUCUUCAGACCGUCCCCACCAGCGUCCGCCGCUAAAUGA